AUGAGUGCAAAUUCGCAAAUUCGUCACUUUUGGCAACUAGCUGAGAAUGAUCUUGGGAAUUAUCAAGCUCCGGCAAAUUACUAUGUUUCAAGAAACAUUGGCGAUCACUUUGCUCCACAUCACGCCUCCGCUUUUACUUGUCCUAGUUCGUUUGAUUACAUUGCGGAUCCAUACUUGUGGGAUAUCCAUGCUGCAGCGACGAAUUAUAACAUAGGGUAUUAUAAUUAUUAUUAUCAGCCAACAAGUGGAUACGUUGAUGAUCAUGUCUAUGUCGCAACUGAUGAUCAGUUUCCUUUUAUGAUUAUGAUGAGUUCAAAUAUGCAAAGUCGUCAUCUUCCGCAACUAGCCCAGCACCAUCUUGGUUACCAUCAAGCGCCAGCAAAUUAUCACUACGUUUCAAGAAAUAUUGGUGAUCACUACUUUGCUCAACAAUACUGGCAUGACAACCACUCUGCUUUUACCGGUCCUCGUCACACAUAUAACGGACAAAGUUCGUUCGAUUACAUCGAGGAUCCAUACUUGUGGGAUGUUGGCUAUAAUCAGCCAACAAGUGAGUUUAUUGAUGUUGAUCACUACUUUUCUCCACAUAUCUUGGAUCACAACUCUGCUUUUACUAGUCCUGGGCAUACAUAUAAUGGACAAAGUUCAUUUGAUCAUAUCGAGGAUCCAUGCUUGUGGGAUGAUGGCUAUAAUCGGGGUGAAUUCAUUGAUGGAGUCUUCGUCACAACUGAAAGUGAACCCAUUGAUGAUACCAAUAACACAACUGAAAAUGAAUCCACUGAUGAUGUCUCUGAUACAACAGAAAGUGAAUCCAUCGAUGAUACCAAUAACACAACUGAAAAUGAAUCCACUAAUGAUGUCUUUGACACAACAGAAAGUGAAUCCACCUAUGAUACCAAUAACACAGCUGAAAAUGUAUCCACUAAUGAUGUCUCUGACAUAACAGAAAGUGAAUUCACCGAUGAUGAUUAUGACACAACGGAAAGUGAAUUCAUUGAUAUUGAUGAUGUUAUAGACCUAUUGCUAUAUUUUAGGGCCAAUAUGGAAGGCGACGAGGAGGAGGCCACAAAGGAGAUCAUAGCAAAUUUGAUAAAAACAAGAAUUCAUUGUGGUACUGACGAUGAAGGAGAAAUGUGUGUUAUUUGCCAGUGCGAAUAUGAGAAUGAUGAGACAAUUGGCGCUCUCGAAUGUAAGCAUGAGUUUCAUGCAGGUUGCAUUGAACAAUGGGUGUUGAGGGGGAAAAAAACUUGUCCAAUUUGUAGAUCUUCAGUUUUGCCAUCACAGGAACAUAGUUUAUAG